AUGACAGGGCCGAAUCCUCGGUCUGCUAAUGCAUGCGAGACAUGCCGGAGGCGCAAAGUGAAGUGUUCCGGAGACAAGCCCUGUCGCGCUUGUACAAAGCACAAUUGGGAAUGUACUUUUGGACAUUCUGGUCGCAGGAGAUUUUCUGAAGCGUCGCAUCUAUUGGACAAAGUCCGAAGAUACGAGGAGCAAUUGAAACUUCCAGCCUCGGGUGGUUCGUCUUCUGUUUUGGCUUCCCCGGCUGCACAGCAUGAGACGCCAGGUGCGCGUUCAUCGCCGCGUGCUUCUGCGGAAGCCACGGAUAAAGAAGUCCACCAACAGAUGCAGGAGGAAAUGUCAUAUGCAGGCAAUGAUGCUGCAAUAAGCCCCGCAACUGACUUGACCUCGGGACCUGCUUUCGAAUCUCAAGUCAGAUCCCUGCUUCACAAGUCCCACCCAAAUGAUGCUUUUUAUGGUAUAGACCCAACCAUCCAAGGAAGAUCUGACAGGCCACCUCAGUGGGCCUCGGUGCAUGAGCUGGUCGGCGAGAGUGCAGAUGUUACUUUUCCAUCAUUGGAAGAGUCGCAACAUCUACUGGAGCAAUUUCUUUUCUAUCUCGGCGUGAGCCAGCACUUUUUUGAUCCGAGAUCUUUUUCGGAUGAUCUCAUGUUGCUUUUUCAAAGCGCGGAGAGCAGGAAAGAGCAAAUGCGCUCACCUUGGUUCUCUGAAUACCUUUUAGUUAUGGCAAUGGCGAAGCUGAUCAACGUCAAGCAUCCGACUUCUCAACCGCCAGGAUCAGACUUGUUUGCUGAGGCACUAAAAAGGUUGCCUCCUUUGCAUCAAAUGGGUGGAGAGGGCGUUAUCAUGGUCGAAAUACUUACUCUCAUCACUACGUAUCUGCAAUGGUCUGACCACAAACAUGAUGCCUACCUUUACAUCGGUGUCGCACUACGUCUUGCCAUCGCUCUAGGGUGCAAUCUGCGCGAAACAGAUCAACGUUGCCUUCCCUCUCAAAAUUACGGCUUUGGUGGACAACGCCUUUCCUCUGGUCUUGGUUUAGCCGCAGGUGCAGAUGAACGCCAACUCUGCAUAGAGCUUCCGCGACAUGCAGCUGGAUUUCAAUCUCCCGUGGCUCUUGCAAUCAAUGUCCGCAUUGCCCGUGUUACAGACGAUAUUAUGUCCACUCUCUAUGGAAACAAGUCCAUCACGCAGCUAGAGCUAGUUGAAAAGAUUCAACACAGUCUGCAAGAAUUACAUGACACAGCGAGGUCAUUCCCUACGCCUUUAGUAUUGGAUUUUAGCCGACCAUUACAAUGGGCUACUCGCACCGGUGCAUCACUGUAUUUGAUGCUGUUCCAGGCAAUUAUUCUUUGCACACGACCCAUCUUGCUGCAAAGAGCACGAUCGGUAGCCGAACAUCAAGAAACACAGCCUCUCGACCGAAUGCCAGAGGUGCUCAACCGUCUUUGCGAUACAUGCAAUGAGGCAGCUACAAGGAGUCUUGCCAUUAUAGCCACGCUUCGGCGGCAACAGACAAUUCCCCGUUAUGGCUUCUUCGAUCUAGAUGCAACAUUCUCUGCAGCAUUUGUUUUGGUCGUGGUGGGCUUUUCUGACAAGUCACAAACUCAACCGCCCCCUGCUCUCUACCAAGCAUUCAAAGUACUCCAAUUUCUAGCCCAAUCUGGCAAUCUGGCGGCCGAACGCCGCUUGCAUGAUAUCACGCAAUCGUGUCUACACGUUUGGCCAGAUGAUAUUUUGAAAUUUGGCUCCUCGCCAGCACAAUCUGCUCUGCGACAAGAGUUGGCAUCCCGACCAGAUACACGAGAUUCGGUGUUAUCAUCCUCGGGCCCUUCCGAUGCGGCUAUGAACACUGGCUGGAACAGUCAUCAAGACGAGGCACGGUUGCUUGAGCCUUUGGCUCAUGUCAAUAUCCCAGAGACGAUGUUUGACAUGCAGGGAGAGUGGGACUUGGAUCUUUCUGGUGAGGCAGAAGGGGUCUAUUCAAGUUUCAACAAUCCGACAUUACCUCUGACUGGUGUUGAUUAUAUUGACUGGUUGGAGAUUGAAAAAUUCAUCGGUGCACCAUAG